AUGCGGCUGCGGGAGCUCGCGCCCCGGUUCUGGCUCCUGGCCCUGCUGCUCCUGCCGCUGCCGCCGCCAGCGCGCGCUGAGGAGACCUCGGCGCAGGACGUGAGCCUGGGCGUGGACUGGCUGACCCGCUAUGGCUACCUGCCGCCGCCCGACCCGGUCCAGGCCCAGCUGCAGAGCCUGGAGAAGCUGCGGGACGCGGUCAAGGUCAUGCAGAGGUUCGCCGGGCUGCCCGAGACCGGCCUCAUGGACCGGCAGACCCUCGCCACCAUGCGCAAGCCCCGCUGCUCGCUGCCGGACGUGCUGGGGGCGGCCGGGCUGGUCCGGCGGCGCCGCCGCCGCUACGCCCUGAGUGGCAGCGUGUGGCCGAAGCGGACCCUGACGUGGAGGGUGCGUUCCUUCCCCCAGAGCUCCCGGCUGAGCCAGGAGACGGUGCGGACCCUCCUGAGCUAUGCACUGGCCGUGUGGGGCGCCGAGUCCGGCCUCACCUUUCACGAGGUGGAUGCCCGGCACCAGGAACCCGACAUCCACAUCGACUUUGCCCGGGCCUACCACCAGGACAGCUACCCCUUCGACGGGCUGGGGGGCACCCUGGCCCACGCCUUCUUCCCCGGGGAGCACCCCAUUUCCGGGGACACCCACUUCGACGAUGAGGAGACCUGGACUUUCGGGUCGAAAGAUGGCGAGGGGACAGACCUGUUCGCCGUGGCUGUUCACGAGUUCGGCCACGCCCUGGGCCUGGGGCACUCCUCCGCCCCCAACUCCAUCAUGAGGCCCUUCUACCAGGGCCCCGUGGGGGACCCCGACAAGUACCGCCUGUCCCAGGACGACGUCGAAGGCCUGCAGCAGCUGUAUGGGAAAGUGCCCCAACCGCCACACGGCAAGCCCACUCGGAGACCCCUGGCUCCUCCCCCUCAGCCCCCGACCCCGCACCCAGACAGCCCCGCGUGGCCCAUCCCGGACCGGUGUGAGGGCAGCUUCGACGCUAUUGCCAACAUCCGCGGCGAAACCUUCUUCUUCAAGGGCCCCUGGUUCUGGCGCCUGCAGCCUUCGGGGCAGCUGGUGUCGCCCCGGCCCGCGCGGCUGCACCGUUUCUGGGAGGGGCUGCCGGCCCAGGUGACAGUGGUCCAGGCCGCCUACGCGCGGCACCGCGACGGCCGCAUCCUCCUCUUCAGCGGCCCGCAGUUCUGGGAGUUCCGGGACCGACAGCUGGACGGCCCGGCGCGGCCGCUCACCGAGCUGGGGCUGCCGCCGGGGCUGGACGUGGACGCCGUGUUCUCGUGGCCGGCCAACGGCAAGACCUACCUGGUCCGGGGCCGGAGCUACUGGCGCUUCGACGAGGAGGCCCGGCGCGCCGACCCCGGCUACCCCCGCGACCUGAGCCUCUGGGAGGGGGCGCCGGUAGCGCCUGACGACGUCACGGUCAGCAACGCAGGCGACACCUACUUCUUCAAGGGCACCCAAUACUGGCGCUUUCCCAAAGGCAGCGUCAAGACCGAGCCGGACUCCCCCCAGCCCAUGGGGCCCCAGUGGCUGGACUGCCCCGCCUCCACCUCCGGCCCUCACGCCCCCAAACCCCCUAAAGAGACCCCCGGGUCCGGAGCCUGCGAUUGCCAAUGUGAGAUCAACCAGGCGGCGGGCCGGCCGCCCACGCCCCUCCUGCUGUCCCUCCUGCCCCUGCUGGCGGGGGGCCUGGCCUCCCGCUGCGGGGGGUCGUCCUAA